CGCUCUUCCUCGCCUACGACACCGACGAGUCAGGCGAGCUGGACUGCCAGGAGGUGAAGGAGCUGGUAGAGCAGAUGGGGACGAAGCUCACGGAGGAGGAGGCGGAGAACCUCUUCAGGAUCAUGGAUGCUGACGGCAGCGGGACUGUGGACUUCAAGGAGUUCGCCAUGGUGAUCCUGCACCAGAAGAACUCCAAGAAGGGCAAAGUCUCCUACGCGGAGCUCGCGGAGAAAAUGUUCCGCAUCUUCGACCAGGAUGGCAGUGGGGUGGUGCAGCAGGACGAGAUCGUCCAGCAGAUCUCCAAGCUGGGGAAGAACUGGGACAGUGCAGGGAUCCUCUACUUCCUGCAGCAGAUCGACAAGGACGGGUCGGGGGAGAUCGAGAAGCACGAGUUCGUGGACUACAUCACCAAGAUCGAGGCCGAGAUGUCCCUGACCUGAUGAACUUACAGAGCAGGAAGGAACUUGAGACUUCGCCCUCCUCUAUCUACAGACCUCGGGCAGUCGAUUCCUUAGCUGGGUCGACUCAGCUGCUGCCGCCUCACGUCGGAGUCCGAUCACAACUCGCCGGCUAUUAUAAGGCCGGCUGAUGCUGUUCAGUUCCUCAAUGCCACGGUCUUGAAGGCCCUAAAGUGAGAUGAUUCAAUGAUUACUGCCAUGAUAGUCAGCUCCCGACAAUAAAGCACAAUCCCC